GAGAGCGGAAUUAUUUUAUAUAGAAACGUAGACGCGUUACUUUAUCCAAAACUCCCGGAGUCAAGUACACAAAACCAUUGACUACAGAAUGGGGAAUAAAUCAUCAUUGUUCCUCCUUAACGAGGAAAUCGCACAAAUUCAAGAUGAGACAGGCUUUACUCCCAAUCAAAUUGAACGUUUAUACUCACGGUUCACCUCACUGGAUCGCAACGACUGCGGUACACUCUCUCGGGAGGAUUUGAUGCGCAUACCAGAAUUGGCAAUUAAUCCUCUAUGUGAGCGUAUUGUUCAUUCCUUUUUUGCUGAGAGCUCCGAUGACCGAGUCAACUUUCGCCAAUUCAUGAAUGUUUUGGCCCAUUUCCGACCGCUGCGUGAUAAUAAGCAAAGCAAACUGAACAGCCGUGAGGAGAAAUUGAAAUUUGCAUUCAAAAUGUACGAUCUGGAUGAUGAUGGUGUAAUCAGCCGGGAUGAGUUGCUUUCCAUCCUGCAUAUGAUGGUGGGCGCCAAUAUCAGUCAGGACCAAUUAGUUAGCAUAGCAGAGCGGACUAUAUUGGAGGCGGAUCUAUGCUGUCAGGGCAAAAUCUCAUUUGAGGACUUUUGCAAAGCCCUAGAUCGUACGGAUGUCGAUCAAAAAAUGUCAAUUAGGUUCCUCAACUAAGUUAAAAUGAGUAGCCAAUUAGACAAUGGAGUUGGUCGUUUUAGUCAAGUGUUUACCAAAUAGUCUAGUAGCAUGGAGUCCAGAGGCAUUCAAAUUGUAUUAGUAGUUGUUAUAUCAGAGAGAUAUCAGAGAGGCGGACAUUUGAUAAUAUUCACUUAGCAAUAUUAUAUCUGAUUAACUCUCUCUAAGGAACAUUAAAUUUUUGUUAAUUGCUUAUAUUUA